UAAACAUUGAACGUAUUCUCAUUCUCUCUUUCUCAGCACCGGCUAAUGCGUCGGAGAAGCUACGUAGCUUAUCGAGUUUGUGCCAUCUUCGUCGCGGACUAACACCUUGGGUGGCAUUUCGUUUAGUUAAGAUAUCAUUGGUAGAUCUUGAAACCGUACGAGAAGGCAAACCGUUUUGUCUCCUGUCACACGACCGCCAAGAAGGAGGAGACUUCUCGCGAAGAGAAACCGUAAUUUAUAUCACGGACUUUGCUAUAUACUUUCUCGUUUUAGACUGUGCUACCUCAAGGAGAAUCGGAUUGUUCAAGAUUUUCCUUCGAUGUCGUUUUGACUUAUUGAAAAAUUCAUCAGAUUUUUAUUCCCAAGGACGUUUUGUUGCGUUCAAUGAUCUUAGUAAAAGUCAAACGAAAGUGAGAUUGUAAACAAAAUAAGUAGAGAAGAUCAGAUCGGCGAAGAGUCACCUAUUUCAUUGUUUACUGUCGAGCCGAUUAGACGUGUGCAGAGCAAUAUGGAUGCUACAAAUUUCACAUUGGAAUUUACGCAAUUAUUAACGCGUUAUACGAAAUCAAGAACACCGAACGAGAACGCAGAACUUAUCGGUACUUCGAAGGCACCAUUGACCUCAGAAACCAUCAUCCAACUUGUGCAAGAAUCCCUUCGUAUUAUUUUACCGGAACCAUAUAUACCUAAUAUAAGUGUCAGUGUUAAUAAGACACCAGCCAAUGAUAUUAUUCUCAAUACUCCGGAUGCACCGUUUAUUCAACGAACUGGUCUUAAUGAAAAUGGAAUAAUCAGCGAAUGUACUGAUGGCUUAUCGGAUAAAUUAUCGUCUAAUAAAAUUAAUAAGAAGGCGUCGUCAUCGCAGUUUAAUUUAAGAACUACAAGAAGAUCUAAUACCUUCGUUCAAGAUGAUAAUAAUAGUUCGAUUAACAAGGAUACCGAUAACAGUCCAAUUAAUACCGAGACUGUUAUAAAUAUUGCCGACGAUGACAUAUCCGAAGUUGAGAUACUCCCAAAUAAUGUGCAUUUGAAUUUGGACGCUUUACGUAAAUCUGCCUCUGAUGUUAUUACGAAUAUCGACGAGUUCAAAAGAAUAAACAAUUUACAGUCAUCGAAUAUAAAAGCGAUUCGUCGAGUAUCCUCGAUUGGAAGUUCUGUUACACGUCCAUCAAUGUUAAGACCGGAUCAAGCACCGAAGAAAAGAAGAUCAUUCGUUUUUCCAGGGACAACACCGACAUCCUCGAGAUUAAAUAACACGGUAAUCCUGAAUGAGAAUCUCUCGAAAAGAAAGAGUACAUCUUCUAUGUCUCUUAACGUCACGGCUACGAAUGCGACCUCAACUAAAUCGUUAAUUCCAACACUGUCCAAUGUUCGAUCUCAUUCAAAUUUGUCUUAUUCGACCGUAAAAAAAGCAGCCUAUAGCGAAAGUAGACCAAAAAAUCCAAGAUAUGCGCACAUUCAAAGUAGUAUUUCUAGAUCGUCUCUCGCUAGGAGAUAAUUUUAAAAAAUUCUUUUAUUUAUAUGAUCUUGUUCAUUUUUAAGACGUGCGCUUUUCGUAUUUUACUUUAAUUCAUAUAUCCUAAUAUUUAAUAAUCGUUAUUAGUGUUACAAUAAUAUGGUUGCUCAUGACUUGUAAUAUGUAGUUUCUAUAAAUUGUUCUAUGGACAAAGUAAGUAUAAGCGCUUUCUUUUAUACUUCAAAAAAUCUUUAAUAUAAUAUAAUAGAAUGUAAUGAAAAAUUCUUCUUUAGGAUAUGCAAAUGUUAAUGGCUUUUUUAAUUUCUUUAUACUUUUUCAUAUGCAAUGAGCAUUUUUAUAUUUUCUAUACUCUUUAUUCGUUCUGUUCGUUCUAGCCUUUUUCAUUCAUCACGUUUUAAAAUAAAAUCAGUAUAAUAUGCCAUCGGUGUAUAAUAUCCUUUUAGAAAUGAAAUAAUUUAGAAAAUUCGAUAUAUAUUUUAUAGUAAUGAAAUAAUUGCAAUUGUACAUGAAAUACAAACAAGUGAUUCGCCAUAAUUGGAAAUAUGUUUAGAAAUGAAUGAAUUUAAUUAAUAUUCAUUUAAAUUUGUAUUACAAAAAGAAAGAUACCAAUGAGACUUGUACCGUUGCCCAUCAAUGAACAUAUGUACACGUGAUGUAUAAGGUCGCCGUUAUAUUAGGAAUAAGUGAACGAUUACGUGCAAUCUACGAUGGCUGUUAUGCUAUGAACAGGUUUCUUUGUGUUCGCUUUCUACGACCGCCGGGAGCCAUCAUUUAAUUUGAAUUUCGCUCUCUCGUGCGCGCGAUAUUUUAUUAGAGCUUUUCAGGUCGAGGAAAAGGAUAUUUGCAUUAUUUGACAAUACCAAUAUAAUUCGAUUAACAUAUAUCGUAAGGAAAUGGGACACAAGAUAAUAGUUUAUAAAUUAAAUAAUUUUUCAAAAAUUUCAAAUGUAUCGUACAUAAGAAAAUAAUAUAAUAAUAAAAUACA